AGCAACCGCUGAACCUUUGGAUUACAAGGGUCAAUACAAUACAUGCUCAUACACUAUAUAUGUGACAAGUUUUUACAUGAAAACACACACACCCUUCAAAAAAUACCGUCAUAUAUAAACAAUAUUCGUCAUAAUGGCACUUGAUAGUAACAUUAUGGAUAAAUUCAAGCGCGAUACCAGGUAGAAAUGCCCUUCUCCCUCUAGGUUUUUCGUAAGUUCUUGGGAAGUCUUUUACAAGUAGCUAAGUUCUAAAUCCAAAUUUGACCGCGCAAAAUUGGCCAGUCAAAUAGUGAAAUCCAUGAAAAUGGCAUUCGCGCGAAACGUGUUGUCACCAGACAGACCCGCUUUUCUUCACCUCAUAAUAUCUGUGCAAUGCUUACAGCCUAGGUCGGGGGAAAGGUGGUGGAGCACUUUCGUACUCCGUGCGAGUUCCUGACUCCCUCCCUUGUCGCUGCGGACAGGGCGAAUGGCGGCAUGUUUUGAAGUGGUAGCCCUCGCUUCAUGAGUAGCUACCGGCAGUAACACCAAGUAGGACGAAUAGAAAGACCAAAGAGUAGCAGGCGGACAAAAGAUCUAUUUAUUACAGCAUGUAACAUUGUUCUGCCAGAAACAACAGACCCUAAACACAGUCAUGGUGCUCGGCGCAUUGUUGGAAACCUUGGUUGGUCUGCCCGGUGAGCUGCUUUCCACGUCGAUUGAGCUGUCGCUGAGUCUGCUAGUAUGCAUCGCGUUCCUGUUCGCAACAAUGAGCAUAAUCGCGCUACUCAUUAUUCUUGUCAGCCUCAUUCUGGCCAGCUUGUAUAAGAUUUCACUAGAAAAACCCAAAGUGGACGCCGUUGAUCAGGUGCUGGGUCCGAAUUGCUCCGUCGUGUACGCGCAUCGUGCAGGUGCACUCGACGCUCCAGAAAACACUCUGGCAGCAAUCCGACUCGCAAAGACAAAUAAAGCAUUCGGCGUCGAAUUAGACCUCUCGUUCACGAAAGAUGGAGUUGCAAUUGCAUUUCAUGACGAUGAUUUGGAGCGAACAACUGAUGGAAGAGGAGCUCUCUGCGAUCAUACCUGGGAUGAGGUGAGCGCACUGGAUGCAUCAAUAAAUCACAUUUAUCACGACCGUUUCCAGAAAGAGAGAGUGCCGAAAAUGGACGAUGCGAUCCACGAGGCAUUGAGACUGGGACUUCAUAUCAUUAUCGACAUUAAAGCUUAUGACAAACAGGUUGUCACAUAUCUCGUAUCAUUGUUCGACAGAACUCCUGAACUCUACGAGAAGGCAUUAGUGGCAUCAUUCUUCCCACAGGUGAUAUAUUCGUUACGAUCAGAACGCCCGAAGAUGGUGGCUGCACUUAUCUGGCGUCCAUUUUAUCUCUCGCACAAAAAUACGGAGGCGACGAAGCCCCGUUUCAGAGACUCGCCACUCAGGCAAUGGGCUGCUGAAUUGUUAGAUCCACUUCUGGGCUUAGCAAUUCACAAAUUCCUUUGGCAUGUUACAGGAUGCAGCGCCGUGCUUAUUGUGAAGGACUGCAUUUGUCCACAUUAUCUUCGUCAGUGGAGAGAUCGUGACAUCCGUGUUCUUUCCUGGACUCCAAAUAACCCCGUGGAGAAGGACUAUCUGAUUUCGCUCGGUGCUCUUCUUUACUUUUCAUCAAUCCUUCGUCUGUAGUCGCCACAAUCCGUCCUAGGUAAAUUGUUCGAGCUACAUGAAUUCGGUGCAAGGAUGAGUCACUGCUGUAAUAUAAAAGCAAGUAAAAAAAAUUGUGUUUUACUCCUUUAAGCCCUCAAGUCAUACACACCACAAAAAUCAUUUUACCAUAUAAGCUUUACGGAGGUGAACUAGGGUAUGUUUUUACGUGCACGAAACUUGAGUUUUACCACCCAAAUGCUUCAAGUGAAUUGGCUUUCACCGUAGCUCUUAACUCUUUGUUAUUUACCUUCGCUGAGGGUUUCUCACCAGGUGAAUCUUCAAGCUUAAAAUUGUCUUCCCUAAGUUCUUUGAACCAACGGUUUACGGUGUUGGUGGUAAUAGAGCCUUCAAAGAACACGAGGUUCAUAUGCCGAACUGUUUUCCUUGCUCUAGCUUUAAGAGUAACUCGUAUUCGAUUUUUUUAUGGUGAACUAAAGCUUGUUAUCCAUGACGAGUGCAAUUGUAUUUCGAUGAGAAAAUAUAUUUCGAAAUGUCGCACCUUUUUUUUUAAUUUUUUCAUUUAUAACGCUGUUUUGGAGACAUGAGAAUAUUAUUUGGCACGUUUCAUACUAAAGGACCUAAUACCUAGCUAUAACUGCACCGACCACACUAAUUCUGCCAUCUGAUAGACUUUAACUAGGUGAACUACAACGAUUAUCCUCUAUACCAAGGGAGAAGAAUGUUUAGACACAACUCUCUUUUGCAACCUGCAACGCAAAGGUCACUUUCACUGUUUUAUUAAUUUCAGAAAUAUGCAUCUGACUGCACUGCCUAAUACAUCACUCUUGACUGAUCUUAUAACUAGUUUAUUAGUAACUAGUUCGAAGAUCAGUAUGUUUUAUAUAAAUGAAUAAGCAUUAAAUACCGAUAUUUAUAAGCGCAUGCUUCAAUAGUUACACAACGAAGAAUACACUACCUGUAUCUCUUCAUGUGACAGUAAUUGUCGUCGGCUAUCACUAACUCCCCUUACGUACGUAUUGGUUUUUUUGCUAGCUAUCGUUUCCUUAUGGCUCCUCUGCCAUUUACUAAAUUAUAUCUUCGCCAAUCAUGGCACUUACUCCUCUGACGAGCAGAAUGUGCAGUCUCUCAUCUAUGCCAUUUGCGCCAGUGUUUUAUUGCUGUGCGUACGAGUCUUUUAAGCCACGUGAUGAACUUGUCGGCGUUACCCCGCAGACAGAAGCCGAUGAGGAUGCGACUGAAUUUGGCAAUAACAGCGGCGCCUCAUCAAAGUAGAAAUGAGCAAAAGCGGAGUGCAAUGUGUCUGAGUCCUUAUUGAGAGAUUGUAUAAUAACAAUGUAUUAUUGCCCUCACUGUCAAAUAAUUAUAUUGUUGUUACGUCGACGUCAUUAUAUUGUCAUUGUUUAACAGAAGGCCUGUGUUUAGUCAUGUUAAGAUCGAAACAUUAUCGCCGUAGGUGUGCAUAGUGUGUCCGUUCUGAAAACUGUGGAAGCUGGUAUCUCGCCACAGCGAUAGGCACUUCGUAAUAGGGCCAGCGUUUUACGUAGGAAUAUACUACAAUCGACAAGGUAUAUGAUUAGGACGAACCCCGCAGAUGAAGACAGUGUCAGCGCUAAUGAUGGAACUCACGCGAGCGCACACAAAUACACUGAUAAUGCUAAACGGAAGUGAUUAGUGCUUCCUUUGGAGCCACGGGGCCGUCUCAAACGAGUGGAUAGAAACAAGCGGAAAGAUGUUGCCUAUGUGUCGAGCAGAAAGGUGCGUGCAUCCUUGUAUGGGAGGAGACUGAAGGUAACGUGAUGAGACGUGUGUCGUAAGCUGUCUGCCUAUAAGAGCACUUUAUCUGCACUAAACUAUAGUAGUCAAAUCCGAAGUAUCGAAUAAGUAGGCAUGAGACGACUGGUAGGUCGAACACGGUAUAAAGUGUCUGAAGAAACUGCUGUUACAUGGUGGUGAAGAUAAAGAAUCACAAUGAUUUUGCCGUAUUCUUUGAUAACCUGUGAUAACCCCUAUGAAAGAUCCCUAUGAAAAUACCGUUUUGUGAAAAAACGUUACUGUGUGUUGUGAAAAAUUUACUUUCGGUUGUGACUUUUAAUGGGCUGUGCAAAAACGAAUGGGCUUACUAUCGCCAAUCAAUGGGUUUUAAAUGAGUAGCUAAUAUUAGUUAUACCGACGUACAUAAUAGUGCAUAAUAGUCAGUGAUCGCUAUGCAGCCUUUUUUUAACAGUACCCUUAUUUACCAAGAAAAAGCUAGAGCUAAAAAGGGUCGUUUUUACGUAUAUUUGAGAAAUCGAGAAAUAUGAGAAUUCGAGCUUUAGCUGCAAGAUCACAGAAGAUAGAUGAAAUGUGAAACAAAUAUACUCGACUUAAAAGCAAGAUUUUUUUAAAUCCUCUAGCAGACACAAAAAUAAGUUCGCGAUUUUUUUCCAACUUACAUAAGUUGGGUUAAAUUAGAUUAUAUGUCUCUAGAUCUUUAACACAUAGCAACACGGUAGUUUUAAUCGUUUCUAGAAAAAGGCCCUCGUGGUAUGGCCGACCAACGAAACAGCAAUAAAUGCCUUCUUCAAAAAAGCUAAAGACAGCAAUAAAAGCAGUGACAACAACGACUGGACUCGGUUCGGGUUUGGUCAACGAUUGUCGAUUGUUGCCUACGGACCGCCGCUCUAGGUCAAACCAUGGACCGGUAUUACACCACCUAUGUAAUCCGCAACCGAAGCUACCCUUGAACAGUAAUGGAUCACCUUUGUUAGGAAAGUAUAAUCAAGCACCACUAUUAAACAAGUAUUUUUCAGCUCACCCGUCCCCGAUACAUAUGAAGAACCUGACUUCUGCGACAGUGCCAGGAUUCUCCGAUAUGCUGCAAUCGACCGAAUAUACUUCAGGACGAGGCACGUACAUUCCGUCCUACUAUACGCGUCUUGAAGGCUAUGGAUAUCUGCUGCCUUUACCUUUGCAUUAACCGCUUCUAUUGAAGAUCAGUAAAUUGACUAAAUUACAUGAGUUCGAAUAUUUUAGGGGUGGCGGUGGCUGCGAGCCCCUUCUUACAGUUUAUAGACAACUGAGUUAGAGAGAGGCAAUCCUCUUUCUGCAACAUAACCACCAGCCGCAGGUAUUUCCAUUGGCCUCGGCAGCUACAGAUUACCCAGCAAGAACAGCGCUUUAUCCUCAAGGCAAUGGCAGACCUAUCGGAGCGCCGUCAAAGAACUCAUCGAUAGGUUUCAGGUUAAACGAUACACAUACGUGUUAUAAAAUAACUGCAAUAAAUUCCACAUCUUCUCUACAAGACAAUUUUUGACGGUUUAUUAAAAAUGUGUGAUGGGUCUAUCGGUUGGCUGCUAAAUUAAUUAAAUUUCACAUAAGUGUUGCUUUAGCUGUGAACCUUAUUUACAAUGAUGGAGGAGCGAUAAACGAAAUAUAGAUAUGAACAUGACUUAUAAUAGCCUAU